CGUGAUGUCAACACGUCAACACCACUGCUCUGUGCUGUCAUAGCAACAAACUACCACUAAAACACCGUUUCUCCUCCUGUUCACACUUUAAAACGCUUCGAUUCAACCUGUGGGACGAAGACCUGGAUGUUCGCCAUCUUGUUCGUGGCUGUCACCGCAGAGGAGCCUCCCUUUAGCCUAGCUUAGCCUAGCUUAGCUUAGCUACCGGCUACCCGGAAGUGGAGCUGCUAGCUUGUUAGCUGAAGUAACGUGAGCUGCUGAGGGUUGAGUGGAGUCUCUACUGGGAAACAACACGUUGCGUCAUGGUUUUAAUGGUUUAACGGUUUCCCAGCUGCUGUUUCCGGUCUCAUAUCCCAGUGGUUGUGUUGGGAUGAGCUCCUGCUAACUGGGAGGCUGCUGCAGGAUGGCUCACACUGGUCAGUCCUCACUGGUUCUCAGCUUGGCCUCUCUCCUGAGGAAUGAUGGCGACCAGGUGCUGGACGGCAGCAGCACGCUGACCCUGCCGGCGGUGAACCUGCAGCACCUCACCCGGCUGUUCGAGCAGCACCUGUUGUCCCGGAGCCAGCAGCACGGCUUCCUGGCGCUGCCGUCCCACCCGGCCGACACCGAGGCGCUGCUGCAGCUGCAGUUCCUGUUCGACGUGCUGCAGAAGACCGUCUCCCUCAAGCUCAUCAACCCUCCAGAUGUGAGACUUCAGUCUGUGGUGAAAAUCUUCCCGUUCAAGUCCCUGAAGUGUUUAGAGCUGAAACGAAUCCCUCCUCACUGCCUCGAGGGCCUCAGAGGAGUCUACUCCCAGCUGGAGGUCUUCACCUGCUCCAAGAGUCUCAGCUCCCUGGAGGAGCUGCUGUCUCUGUGUGGAGGAGACCUGAGCUCUGCACUGCCCUGGCUGGAGCUGCACACCCUCAACUUCAGCUACAACUCCAUCGUCUGCCUUGACCAGUCAAUAACUUUACUGAACGUCCUGAAAUCUCUGGAUCUAAGCCAUAACAAGAUUCAGGAGUGUGCUGAAUUUCUAAAGCCCUUGAGUGAACUGGAGCGCUUGAACCUGGGAUACAACUGCCUGCAGAGGGCGCCAACGCUCGGCCUGAGCGCCAGGUCCAAACUGCUCACCCUCAUCCUCAGGAACAAUGAACUGGAAACUAUAAACGGCGUGGAGCAGUUGUCUUCUCUGCAGCACUUGGACCUGGCCUACAACCUCCUGCUGGAGCAUUCCCAGCUCGCUCCUCUCUCGCUGCUGCACUGCCUCCACACAUUGAAUCUGGAAGGAAACCCGCUGUUCUUCCAGAAGACCCACCGCACCUGCACCGUCCGACACCUCUCUCCAAAGGCUGCCAAUCAGAGACUCAAACUCGAUGGCGUUCCACUUUCUUCAUAUGAGCUAUCGGUUCUGCCCAAACCAGGUCAGCUCAAUGUCCAGAUCCAGUCGACGCCUCAAGUGUCUUUGCCACCGGAGCGAAGCAACCAGGAAGGGUCCAGUGGCGCCGGGGAGCUGAGUGACAGCGUGGCGGUGGAAGUGGGCGUGUCACACAUUCGCAGGAAGAAAUCCAAGAGUAAGGUCAAAGUGCGGAGGGCCAGCAUAUCAGAGCCCAGUGAUACGGAUUACGAGCCCCGACAGUUUUCCUCCUCACAGAGUAUUGUUCUUCCCCACCAGCAGGAGAUUGAGCGGAUGUCCAGCUUCAGGGAUCAGCUGGGGGAGGACUGGCUGAGGUACCAGCACCACCUGGAUGGAUCUUCCUCUUCUCCCAUUAUCACCACUGUCACCGCAAACCAGUCUCCCCGGCAAACCCUCACCAACGGCUUCAGCACGUCCACGCCGUGUCCGUCCACCAACGGGAAGCAGCAGCCGUCUCCACCGUCCCUGGAGGUUCCCGAGGUCCUGCAGUCUCCGCUCUUCCCGUCCGAGCCCCGGACGGAGACGUCCGGCACAGACGGAGACGAGGACACGGAGUCCACGCUGCACUGGCCUGCUCAGAGCACCAGAGACACCGAGUCCAUCCUGGAGGACAGCACGGUGGACGGCCAGGCGUCCAACCAGGGAGACGUGAACCGUCCUGAGCCGAGUCCAGAGUCUCAGCAGCCGGAGAGAGCGGAGAGCAGAGGAGCCAAGGAGGAAGAGGAGGAAGAGGAGGAGGAGGAGGACUUAGGAGUGGACCUGUGUCACCCUCUUCUCGUGGGCGUCUUAUCGGAGGAGGAAGACGACAGUGGCCAGACGAAGGAGGGGAGGAGGAGGAGGGAGGUGUUCCUGUGUGUGAAGCAAGGCCUGGUGCUGGAGGUGGACGUGCAGCGCGGCCAGGAGAGAUGCCGCCUGGAGCUGGACAGCCUGGCCCGGGUGCAGACCACCGAGGCGCUGUGGACCCGUCUGGAAACCGAAGAGAAGCUUCCUGCUGUGGAUCUUCAUUUCGCCUACAUCAGCAGGGAGAAGAGGAGGAGACGCUACGUCCUGCUGGACGAUGACCCACAGCAGGCGCUGCAGGCUCUGACCGACGUGCUGUGUCACGUGGCGGAGGAGAACCAGCGCCGGGACUCGGAGCUCCGCCCCCAACGCCUCCUCAUGCAGUGCCUUCGCUGCAGGUCGGAGUUCACGCUGCGAGGAGAGAGCGGCGAGGAGGAGGCCGGCGGGGGGGCGAGGCGGAGGAUACCGAAGGGCGGGGACGAACGGGAUGGGGAGGAGUCCACGGAGGCCGAGGGUAAUGAUGACAGCAAAGGACACGGGAUUUGUCCUGAAUGUGGGAGCGACCAUGUGGUCCAGCUGGCCGGCCAAUCAGCACCCUCGGCUCCCUACAGCAGCACGCCUGUCGAUCGCCCGCCGUGGCCCGGGAACGAGGACGAUCACCUGGAUGGAACCCAGAGCGCCAAGGACCAGGACACGGACGCCAGCAUCAGCAGCAGCCCCCCCCUGGAGAGCGCCACCGCCACCCAGGAUCCCGCCUACGUCACGGCCCAGGGGAGCUCCUUCUUCACCGGGGACGAGGACCACAGCCUGUCCUACACCACGGACUGCCAGAGCAAGGAGGACCUGGCCGGGAGCUACCACUACACCCCCAUCAGCGAGACGCCCCCUGGUGUCCAGGCCGAACCUGCAGGGAGAUCCUCUCCAAACGACCAGGUGGACUUCCUGUGUGAGGACUACGACGCCGUGGACCAUCGGCUCAAGCUCUUCCUGGACGUGGAGGUGUUCGAGGAGGAGGAGGAGGAGCUGCACUCGUUCCUCAAGAUGUCAGCCGUCAGGUUCGGGGAGCCGGGGGAGAUUCCUUCUCUGCUGGUGGUGUCCAACCUCAGGAUCUACUUCCUGGAGAUGACGUCAGAGAUGCACAGAGGCCAGCUCUCCGAUUGGCUGCAGAAGCGCGACAGCCACCCAAUCAUGGAGCUGGGCUACCUGGAGGUGGGGCUGGGCUCUCAGACCGUCCACAUGGAGUUCGGGGACGGGGGCGUGGCCUACACGCUGCUGGUCCGGGACAGUCUGCGCUGCAAACGCUUCUUUGGCUUGUUGACAGGACUCGUGCGUGAGAUGGCUCACAAAGUGGACAGCAAGCUGAAGUCCAUCUCCACCACGCGCCUCAGCCCCCAGCACCACCUCUGGCCUCUGGUGUGUGAAGACAUCCAGGAGGACGUGGAGGACGGGCAGCUGCAGUUCUUCUACAUCCUGGCCUUCGUGCUGCAAGACGGCGUCUGGACGCCCCUGACGGUCCUGGCGACCCGGGAAACCCUGUACCUGCUCCGAGAGGAUCACCAGUGGACCAAGAGCUCCGGCGUCCCGGCAGCAGAGGAACCCGGCGAGCCGAGCAGCGGCAGCGUGGUCGUUCUGGAGACGCUGCCCAUCAGCUGCGUGAGCUCGGUGCACAUGUGUCCGUGGGACCAGCGCAGGAUGGACCUGAAGCUGUACGACGAGACGGUGAAGGAGGAGAAGACGUGGUGCGUGCGGUCGGAGAGCGUGGAGCUGGUGCAGGGUCUGCUGGCCUGGGUCCGGGCUCAGUGGGAGGCCAUGUUCGGGGUCAAGCUGCUCACGACCCUGCAGGAGGAAGCUGCGUAGAACUAAAGAA